GGCCGGUCAAGGGAAGUGCGACGUGUCUGAGGAGCCUUUUUAUACCUCCUUCCCUGGAGCCCGGCAGCCACCUCCGCCAUCCGCGUCCCUGCGCCCUGGAUCUGGGCUCCGCCACAGCCACAGCAUGUCGGGGGUCAAGAAGCAGAAGACGGACCAGCAAAAAUCCACCAACGUGGUCUACCAGGCCCAUCAUGUGAGCAGGAACAAAAGAGGACAGGUGGUUGGCACCAAGGGAGGAUUCCGAGGAUGCACCGUGUGGCUAACAGGUCUCUCGGGCGCUGGGAAAACAACCAUCAGUUUCGCUUUGGAAGAGUACCUCGUCUCCCACGCCAUCCCGUGUUACUCCCUGGAUGGGGACAAUGUCCGUCAUGGCCUCAACAAGAACCUGGGAUUCUCUCCCGGAGACCGCGAAGAGAACAUCCGCCGGAUUGCGGAGGUGGCCAAGCUCUUUGCUGAUGCCGGCCUGAUCUGCAUCACCAGCUUCAUUUCCCCGUUCACAAAGGAUCGCGAGAAUGCCCGCAAAAUCCACGAAUUAGCAGGACUCCCGUUCUUUGAGAUCUUUGUAGACGCGCCUCUCAACAUCUGCGAGAGCCGGGAUGUGAAGGGACUUUACAAGCGGGCUCGAGCUGGAGAGAUUAAAGGGUUUACAGGCAUCGAUUCUGAUUAUGAGAAACCUGAAACUCCAGAGUGUGUGCUGAAGACCAACUUGUCUUCAGUUAGUGACUGUGUGCAGCAGGUGGUGGAGCUUCUGCAAGAGCAGAACAUUGUACCCCACACCACCAUCAAGGGCAUCCAUGAACUCUUUGUGCCAGAAAACAAGAUUGAUCAGGUCCGAGCUGAGGCCGAGACUCUCCCGGCAUUAUCAAUUACCAAGCUGGAUCUGCAGUGGGUGCAGAUUCUGAGUGAAGGCUGGGCCACGCCCCUCAAAGGUUUUAUGCGGGAGAAGGAGUACCUGCAAAUUAUUCACUUCGACACUCUACUGGACGGCAUGACCCACCUUGACGGAGUCAUCAACAUGAGCAUCCCCAUUGUACUGCCUGUUUCUACGGAUGACAAGGCCCGGCUGGAGGGGAGCAGCAAGUUCGCCCUCAUGUAUGAAGGCCGAAGGGUGGCCGUGCUACAAGACCCCGAGUUCUAUGAGCACCGGAAAGAGGAGCGCUGCUCCCGUGUGUGGGGAACAGCCAAUGCAAAGCACCCCCAUAUCAAAAUGGUGAUGGAAGGUGGGGACUGGCUCGUCGGUGGAGACCUGCAGGUGCUGGAGAGAAUAAGGUGGGAUGAUGGGCUGGACCAGUAUCGCUUGACACCUCUGGAGCUCAGACAGAAGUGGAAAGACAUGAAUGCUGAUGCCGUGUUUGCCUUCCAGUUGCGCAAUCCUGUCCACAAUGGCCACGCUCUGCUGAUGCAGGACACCCGCCGCAGGCUCCUAGAGAGGGGCUACAAGCACCCAGUCCUCCUGCUGCACCCUCUGGGGGGCUGGACCAAGGAUGACGAUGUGCCUCUGAACUGGAGGAUGAAACAACACGCAGCUGUACUGGAGGAAGGCGUCCUGGACCCAAAAUCAACUAUUGUUGCCAUUUUCCCGUCUCCUAUGUUGUAUGCUGGCCCCACAGAGGUCCAGUGGCAUUGCAGAUGUCGGAUGAUUGCAGGGGCCAAUUUCUACAUUGUGGGCAGGGAUCCUGCAGGAAUGCCCCACCCUGAGACGAAGAAAGACCUAUAUGAACCUACCCAUGGGGGCAAGGUCUUAAGUAUGGCCCCUGGCCUCACCUCUGUGGAAAUCAUUCCAUUCCGAGUGGCUGCCUACAAUAAAACUAAAAAGGCCAUGGACUUUUAUGAUCCAGCAAGGCAUGACGAGUUUGACUUCAUCUCAGGAACUCGGAUGAGGAAGCUCGCUCGGGAAGGAGAAGACCCCCCAGAUGGUUUCAUGGCCCCCAAAGCAUGGAAAGUGUUGACAGAUUAUUACAGGUCUCUGGAGAAGAUCAACUAAGUGUCCCUGGUUCUGGUCUCUCUGAAAUGCUCUUUUACUAACGAUUUUUUUCUAUUUUUGUGAUUAAAUGCUUUGUAUCCAA